AUGUGCUCACAGGAGGACUUCCAGGCACAGAGGAGCCAGCUAGUGGCCUUGCUAGUCGCAGGGUCCCUGGAGGGCUUUGAGAGCAUUCUGGACUGGCUGCUGUCCUGGGACGUACUCUGCUGGGAGGACUAUGAGGGUCUCAGCCUCCCGGGACAGCCUCUCUCUCACUUGGCCCGGCGCCUGCUGGAUACUGUCUGGAACAAGGGUACUUGGGGCUGUCAGAAGCUCACUGAAGCUAUCCAAAGAGCCCAGGUUGACAGCCAGGCCCCUGAGCUCCAUGGCUGCUGGGACUCCCACUCUCUCCAUCCAGCUCGGAAGUUGCAGAGUCACCGACCGGCCAUUAUCAGGAGACUCUACAGACAUGUCGAGGCUGUGUUGGAGCUGGCACGGGAGCAGGGCUUCCUGAGCCAGUAUGAAUGUGAUGAAAUCAGGCUGCCUAUCUUCACGUCAUCCCAGAGGGCAAGGAGGCUGCUUGAUCUUGCCGCAGUGAAGGCAAAUGGACUGGCUGCCUUCCUCCUGCAGCACAUGCAGGAACUACCCGUCUUACUGUCCCUGCCUCCUGCUGCAGCCGGAUGUCAGAAGUUCAUAGCCAAGCUGAGGACCACAGUGUCCGCCCAGUCUUGCUUCCUCAGUACUUACGAUGGGGCGGAGAAUCUUUGCUUGGAGGACAUAUACACAGAGAACCUCCUGGAGCUGAGGACCGAGAUGGGCACAGCUGGGGCCCUGCAGAAAAGCCCUGUCACCCUGAGCCUGGAGGAGCUCUUUGGCACCCACUGCCACCUCAACAGAGAUGCUGACACUGUGCUGGUGGUGGGCGAGGCUGGCAGUGGCAAGAGCACUCUCCUUCAGCGGCUGCAUUUGCUGUGGGCUACGGGGCGGGCCUUCCAGGAAUUUCUCUUCAUCUUCCCAUUCAGCUGCCGGCAGUUGCAGGGAGUGUCCAAAUCACUGUCUCUAAAGAUGCUGCUCUUUGAGCAUUGCUGUUGGCCCGACGCUGGCCAGCAGGAGGUCUUUCAGUUUCUCCUUGACCACCCCGAGUGUGUGCUGCUAACCUUUGAUGGCUUGGAUGAGUUCAAGUUCAGGUUCACAGACCGUGAGCGUCACUGCUCUCCAACCGAACCCACGUCGGUCCAGACUCUGCUUUUCAACCUUCUAGAAGGCAAUCUGCUAAAGAAUGCCUGUAAGGUGCUGACCAGCCGUCCAGACGCCGUGUCUGCACUCCUCAGGAAGUAUGUCCGCAUGGAGUGCCACCUGAAGGGCUUCUCGGAAGAGAGCAUAGAGCUCUUCCUGAGGAAGUGUCACCGUGAGUCUGGGGUGGCGGAUCGCCUCAUCCACCUGCUCCAAGGCACCUCAGCCCUGCUUGGUUUAUGCCACCUCCCUGUCUUCUCAUGGAUGGUAUCCAAGUGCCACAGUGAGCUGUUGCUGCAGGGUGGGGGGGCCCCGAAGACUACCACAGACAUGUACCUUCUAAUCCUUCAGCAUUUUCUGCUGCAUGCCUCCCUGCCAGACUCUGCCUCCCAUGGCCUGGGACCUGAGCUCCUUCGAGGACGGCUCCCCACCCUCCUGCGCCUCGGCUACCUGGCUCUCUGGGGCCUGUCCACGUGCUGCUACCUGUUCUCAGCCCAGCAGCUCCAGGCGGCACAGGUCGAUUCUGAGGACAUUUCUCUCGGUUUCCUGGUGCGGGCCCAGAGUGUCGUGUCCGGGAGUGCGGCACCGCUGGAAUUCCUGCACAUCACUUUCCAGUGCUUUUUUGCUGCAUUGUACCUGGCGCUCAGUGCUGACACAUCGGCAGCCGCCCUCCGACACCUGUUCAAUUGCCAGAGCGGGAUGGCGAGCUCACUAUUGGCAAGGCUGCUGCCCACACAGUGUGUCCAGGGCUCCGGGGCCAAGGAGGGCAGGGAGGUGGCUCUGCUACAGAAGGCUGAGCCGCACAACCUGCAGAUCACAGCAGCCUUCCUGGCAGGACUGUUGUCCCAGGAGCACCGGGGCCUGCUGGCCAUGUGCCAGACCUCUGGGAAGGCCUUGCUGCAGCGCCGCGCCUGUGUCCGCCGGUGUCUGGCCCGUAGCCUCCGCAAACACUUCCACUCCAUCCCACCCGCCGUGCCCGGUGAGGCCAAGAGCAUGCAUGCCAUGCCUUGCUUUGUGUGGCUCAUUAGGAGCCUGUAUGAGAUGCAGGAGGAGCGGCUGGCACGGGAGGCUGUGCGGCGGCUGGACGUCGGGCAUCUUAAGCUGACGUUCUGCAGCGUGGGCCCCACUGAGUGCGCUGCCUUGGCCUUUGUGCUGCGGCACCUGAGGAGGCCCCUGGCCUUGCAGCUGGACCACAACUCGGUGGGCGAUGUCGGCCUGGAGCAGCUGCUGCCUUGCCUCGGCGUCUGCACGGCUUUGUAUCUGCGAGAUAACAAUAUUUCGGACCGCGGAGUCUGCAUGCUUACUGAGCGUGCUCUUCACUGUGAGUGGCUGCAGAAAUUAGCGCUGUUCAACAACAAGCUGACAGACAGCUGUGCACACUCCAUGGCCAAGCUUCUUGCAUGCAAGCAGAACUUCUUGGCAUUGAGGCUGGGAAACAACCACAUUACCAGUGCCGGAGCCCAGGUGCUGGCUGAGGGACUCAAACACAACACCUCCCUGCAGUUCCUGGGGUUCUGGGGCAACAGCGUGGGUGACAACGGGGCCGUGGCCUUGGCGGAAGCUGUGGCCAAUCACCAGAGCUUGAAGUGGCUCAGCCUGGUAGGGAACAAUAUUGGCAGCGUGGGUACACAAGCCCUGGCCCUGAUGCUGGAGAAGAACGUGGCACUGGAAGAACUCUGCCUGGAGGAGAACCAUGUCUGCGAUGAAGGGGCGUGUUCUCUCGCAGAAGGACUGAAGAGAAAUUCCAGUUUGAAAGUCCUGAAGCUGUCCAAUAAUGGCAUCACCUACCGGGGUGCAGAAGCUCUCCUGCAGGCCCUUGCAAGGAAUAGCACAAUCCUGGAAUUAUGGCUCCGAGGAAACACACUCUCUCCAGAGGAAACUGAGACACUUAGCUGCAGGGACUCCAGAAUCUUGCUUUGACCUCUCAGUUUGCCUGUGAAGAGCUGUGGACUUGGACCCUGGGGGCUGAAUGAUGUCUGGCAGCAGUCCCGGGAUGCUCAGGGGGAAAUGAGUUUGCCAGGUUACCUUAUUCUGCCACAGGGAGAUGCUCAUGUCCUCCAGAAUUGACUUUUCCCAAGGGUUUCAUGGUGGUUGGUCAUGGUUGUCAACAGGACUGGAUUAAGAGAAGCAGAAGACGGGUGGAAUGCGUGUCUGUGGGCCAUUUCCGGAGAAGAUCGACAUGUGGGACAUUGAGGGGGUGGGGGGCACACUCUGAAUGUGUGUGGCCCCCAGUGGAGGAAGUUGGAGGAAGAAGGCAGUGUGAGUGCAUUUGCAAGCUCAUUGAGGCAGAGCAUCUAUAGCUGCUGUCAUUGCCCGGGGACAGCUGACUACAGCUUCUUCAGUCUUUCAAUGCGGACCCAAAGCCGGUGACUCUCCAGGGAGAUUCCAGCCUUCAGCCUCGGAUUGGGACUGUUGACGCUUUUCACCUUCUGGGGUGCGGAGGACCACUGUUGGACUACCCAGCCUCCACUGCACUCCAAGCAUGAGAUGACCACAAGGAGCACCCUUCAGCCAGGGUGUGCCUGGCCUCCGGCUGAACCACCAGGGAUCCUGACGGUGGGAGGGGACCUACAGAUGGCAAUUGAGUGUCUGCUGGUGUGAAGACCUAGAUGCCCAUGCAGGAUGCCCUCUCUCCCACCAUCCAGGGCUCAACCUCCAAGGCCCUGGCUGCCAGCGCUGUGCUGCAUCCUGCUCUCCUUUCUAACGCUCAAGACAUUAUUGGAAGGAGACACACGGCAGCCGCUCGUUCCCAAGACAUUCUCUAGAUUUGCAAGAAAAAUAGGACCACGCUCCAGCUGGGAUCACACAUGGACUUUUAUUUCCAGUGAAAUCAAUUACAAUUGAGCCCUUGGAAACAGUUCCUCCUCCAAAUGCAGCUUUUUAAAAUUAAUCUGGGCCAGAAUUUCAAAUAGCCCCACCAGGCCUCCGGUUGGUGCCUGUGAACUGAACUCUGACAACAGACUUCUAAAACCUAGCCACAGAGACAGUCCGUUUGAUUUGUGGCAGACUGCUUUAGGAUACGUAGUUAGGGGUCAGAAGUUUGCAGGGGGCAAAUCUAGAUCCCUCCUUUUAAGCUAUGAUCUUCCUGGAUUUGGCGGAAUGGUGCUUUUGUAUAUUGUAAAAUAGGCAUAUGUUAUUCCUUUUCAACAUUAUUAUGUGUGAAAAUUGCUAUUUGUAAAUU